AGAUAGAUCAAAAAUAUAUUAAAAUAUUUUAAAUGAUGAAUAAUUUAGAGGUAGAAUUAACUCAGAUAAAAAUAAUAAGAGUCCAUCUACUCCAUUUAGUGAAUGUGCCAUUCCAAAUAGAGGUAAAAUUUUAUCAAAAAUUUUGAAUAAAUUUGUUAAAACUUCAUUAUCUUAAGCAAUGAAUUAACUUUAAUUAAUUUACUUAGCUUACAGAUAAAAAAAGAGAUAAACUUAUCAAAGAAACUCUACUAAUUUAACAAAUAUAUUAGCUAAUAUCUUUUAUCGUCAAUCAUUUGAUACAUUAAUAGAACAUAUGUAAAAGAAUGUUAUUGAAUUUGAUGAAGAUGAUGUUAUUAAAUAUAAUGAAAUGUUAGAUGAAAAUAAAAUAAUUGCAAUGGAAAUAUAACCAGGUGGAAAUGAAGGAUAAGCAGCAGAACCAGUUGAAUUAAAUCUUACACCUCCAGAAAAAAAGAGAAUUCUUAAAAUUAAACCUAAGGGUUCUCCAGAAACUAAAAUGUUUGGAAGUAGUUCAUAACAUGAAAAUGCUUAACCAUUUUAACGUAAAAGUGUUGCCCAUAAUACUAUGAAAGUUACAAAUCCUCAUUAAAGAUCUACUGGAAGAGCAUCCACUAUUAUCAAACCAAAUACUUUCUAAAGUUCUUAAAGUCUCAAACCAACUAAUGCACUUGCGUAAUUAUAUUUAUUCUAUCAUUCCUAGACGUGGAUCACUAUAAAAUAUUUCAGUUCCAUUUGGAUUAUAAUAACCUAAAAAUAAUAUAAAAAAAUAAACUACCAAAAUUAAAGAAACUCAAGAUAAAUCCAAUUCAUAGAGUAACAAACAUAGUUAAACUCCUUUGUCUUAAUCCUAUGUAUCUAUUACUAUUAUAUUAUUAGGCUACCAUAAGUUAAAAUUAAUCUUAAGCGUCUAUCUAAAAACAAAUGUCCUAAGAACAAUUAGCAUAAAUUUAAAAAAACAAAAUUGCAUCUUAAUUUAAAAGAAUGGGAUCAGUCUAAUUAUCUGGAGUAUUCAAAAAACCAUGA